CGUCCUCGCUGAUGUUGAAGCGUGAAUGAUCUCCCUUGCUACGCGGUUGUUGAAACAUGGCGGCCGAUGGAGACGUGCUUUCUUGUGCUCUGGAAGAUAUUAAUUAUGCUGCUCUGAUAAAGCUACAGGCUGCUUGUCGCAGAUGGCUUGUAAACAAGUACAUGCAAGAGACUCGGGUGGAGUAUGAACAGAUAGUGAGAGAGCUUGAUGAAACUAAUGAUACUGUAUACUGGCCAAAGAGACAGAUUUGCCUUCCUUUGGUUAGAAAAGUGCCCAAGGAAAGCAGCAAGCCAAAACAUGCUGUUGGUUUAGGUAGCAGCUGCAGUUUUCAUCAUGAGAAAGGAGUUAAAAAACAGAUGUAUGGCCAGGGUGAAAAGGUCAGAUUUUUGCCACAGUCCAAUGCCACAGAAGACAGAACACAUGUAACAAUCUCUAAAAGUCAUUGUGAGGUGCAGACAGACUCACUACAAGUCACCUCACCUUUGGUAACUUCGGACAAAGUGGAAGGUGAGGCAUCUGAUUUGAAAUCUCAGGAAAAUCAGAUGUUCAAGGAAAUUGGUCUCCAAGUCACUUUUGAUGGCAGACAUCAUGAAUUGACUUGUCCAGGGAAACAGCAACAUAAGGAGGAAAAAAGUGGAAAAGAGACAACCACUUUCAUUGAUGAGAACAAAAUAUUCAUGCCAAAAGAGGCCAUUGAUGCCAGUGGAAGACCUUCAAGAGUUGUACAAUCUUCUGUACACUCUAAUCUGACAGCUACUACAUUACCAAGUCCAAAACCCCAUUCUGUCACACAUGAGACCAUCACCCAAGGAAGGGUGUCAGAUUGUUUCCAUAGUGAACAGACCUCAGUAUGGGAUAGUAGCAACAGUGGCUGGCUGGAUCCUGGAAAUAAGGAGUUGAAUUCUGUGCACAAUUUUAAGAGUCCAGAAGUUUUCCUAGGUAUCACUCAGCACAGCGAAGGUCACAGGCCUGAGAUGAGCAAAAAAGAACUUUUACAGAGAAGGAAGAAUGUUGCUAUGGAACUGCUUUGGAUGCAGCAGGCUAUUAUCAGCAGAAAAAAUUAUUUAAGGCUGAAAUCCCAGAUGAAGUAGAUGCUUGGUGAAGACUGCAGCACUGCCAAACCUCAGGGAUCUAGGUGGUACAUACCAGAAUAACCAAACUAGUGCAUGAAAAUUUCUGUAUGCCAAUAAACCAAAGUUUAUUUUGUGUGUUAGGCAGCUCGUGCACCUUUAUUUUAGUUCUAUAUAUAUUCAUUUAUAUUGCUGUUUUGUUGUUAAACAAAGGCCAAGAUUUUGUAGGGUAUAUUCUGUUUUAUAAAGUGAUUAUUUUAAAAGAUUACAUUGAAUUUGUGUUUCUUUCUUGUAUGAUAAUAUUUCAGACAAGACAAAAAAUUUGCUUUUCCCCCAGCAUUGAAUGUUUAUGGCUCGGGUUCUUGUGUGUUUAUUUUCUAAAAUAUAAAUGAAAUGCUUAUGCGUCUUUGGGUUUUACUCUUUAAAAAGUGUAGAAAAUAAUGAGAGCAAACCGAAGAGUUUAAAUUCUUUAGAUUGGCUCUAUGUAUGUAGAUUUCCUAAGAUUCUGUUUAGUUUGAGCUGAGGAUUUGAAAUAGCUUCAUGCAAGACUCACACUGCAUCACACAAUCUGGUGCUGUUCCCCAGACAGGUAAUAAAAAUCACUUAAAAAAUUUUAAAAAAAGCAUGGUAAAAAAUUGACAAAUCAGUUUUAUUCUCUUGAAGAAUAAUACACAUUUUAAAAAAAGAGAUGGACAUGGUUUUAUAAGAUAUCUGAAACAUUGAACACAGUUUCAGCAAUGUAGCUGAAAAUAGAGUAAUAUAUUAAAAAAUACUUCAUACUUGGUGCGCACAUGUGAAAAAAUUGCCCAUUAUGCUUUGUGCUUUAGUGUCUAAUGCUUUGCACGUGAGCUCUAAGUCACUGAUGCUCCUAUUCAGAAAAGAUAGGCAGAAAUAGUAGGACAAAAGGAUGGUAGAUUUAAGAAAAGAACAUACAAAAAUACAUCUCCUGUCAUGCCUGCCUUCCAAAUGAGGAAAAUUAUUUAAUAUAAUAAAACUAAUACAAAUAAAGUCUUCAAAAAAA